CCGCCGAAGAUUGCCGAGCGUAACCACGUGACGAAUGCUUGGGGAAAUCAGCUGAGAGUUCGGACUUUCACUUGAGGAAAUCCAGGUUCGGUGGGUUCUCCUGUGAAGAUUUUCGUCAUGUCUGAAUCAAGUAAAGUUGAUGCAAAUUUGCUGGCACAAAAAAUAAGUUCAAACAUCCAGAGAAUAACACUGCUAACCAAUGAAAUCCAGCAAAUGAUAAAUCAUCUCGGAACAGAACGAGAUACAAAUGAACUACGGCAGAUAUUACUGCAGAAACAGCAGAAUGUCAAUCAUCUUGCAAAAGCAACAGAUAAAUGCAUGAAGGAGUUUAACUCUUUACCUGUGACCACAGAACAGCGUCAGAAGAAAAUCCAGCGAGAACGUCUUAUCACCGAGUUCUCAAACUGUCUGGGUAUCUUCCAGAGGACUCAGCGAGAUGCAGCAAGGAAGGAGAAAGAGUUUGUGGCGCGUGUCCGUGCGAGCUCAAGAGUUUCAGCUGGUGGCCCGGAUGAUCAAUUUGGAGGAACCACUUCCCAAUUUGGCAGUGAGAUUCAAACUCAAACUCAGGGCUUAGUGGAGAUCACCGAAGAAGAUCUUCAGCUCAUUCAGGAAAGAGAAUCAUCCAUCAAACAACUGGAGUCGGACAUCACAGACAUUAAUACAAUAUUUAAAGACUUGGCCGUGCUGGUGCAUGAACAAGGAGACAUGAUUGACAGUAUAGAGGCCAAUGUAGAAAGUACAGAAGUCAACGUGCAGUCAGCCACACAGCAGCUGUCCAGUGCAGCGGACUACCAGAAAUCAUCCCGCAAGAAGAUUUGCAUCAUUAUCGCUGUUUUGAUUGUACUUGGCAUCAUUAUUGGUUUGAUCAUCUGGGCUUCCGUCAAAUCAUGAGAACUCCAACUAACAUCUCACUGAAUCUCCACUUGAACAAGUACUGGAGGUUUUCUAUAAAGUAAAGCCAAGAUUUGUUUUCUAACUACUGUGACAAAAAUGUUCCGGGUACAAUACAAGAUAAUCUGUAGCAUGCCAUCCCGUAUUUUAGGAAAAAAAAAGUAAUGGCACCGAAUGUGUCUGAUAUAAAAAAAAAUGUAAUGCCAAGAGAACAGUGUAAAUUCGUUAAUAGGUGACUACACUGAGGAUGAUAAAAUGUAACUAAUUUUGAUUGGUUUGGGAUUUUUGGUUAAUCUAUCUUUUAAUGAGUUCCACUAUAAAAUGUGGAAAAAAUAAGUGAGCCUAAACUUUUAAUCAGUGUUGUAUCAUUUAAGCACUCUGUCAGCAUAACAACUAUAUUCUUGUAAUGUCUGUCAGUAAAGAAUGAUUUUUAUAAAACUAUAUGAAGUAUCUAACAGUGGGGUUUAACUGGUUCAUGCUUACCAGCUGAAUCCUGACCUCUCGGUUACAAAGUGCCACAGAUCUAUCUUUUGUUUGACCUGGAAUAUUCGUUUGAAUUUUGUCAUAUUUCAGUGAUUGUAAACAUAUUACUCGCAUAUUAUUCCUGACAGUAAAAUUGAUUAAAUCAGAUAGUAGGUUGAAAAUGAUUAAUGUUUUAACAGUCUUUAACAGUAUAAUGUUGCUGCUAUAACGGUGUUUAAGAACGCACACAUUUCAAACUGCUUGAAUAAGAGCAGCUCUCAGACACAGAUGAUAAAGUUUUGAUGAUGUAUUAUUUUAAAACAGAAAAUAGUAACAUUAAAGAACAAGAAGUAAUGCCUGGGUUGUGUAGUUUUAGCUAAAUUUAGGUACAAUAUGUAAAUAUUUAUCUAUAUUGCACUAUAUUUCUUCGAAUGUAACACUUUAACUAUUGAAAACAAAGAAAGCAACACUCAGUGUCUUAAAUGUAUUUUUUAAUAUCUCUAAUUCUAUUUUAAAAUGUGAUCGUGCUACAUGAAUCUAUACCAUAAAGCAAAGCAAACUUUCUCAUGGCCGUGAGACUAUAAAGCUACAGUUGAGGAUGUUUAAAUGAAAUCAUUAUUCUGUGAGGGUCAGUCUUUGUGCUCGUAUUUUAAAAUGUUGUGUGUUUAAUUUCAUACUGUAAUUAGGUUUUCUGGAUUAAAUUGUACAUAUAUUAGACAUUUUAGUGCCAUUAACUGAGUCUGUUCAUAUUUUUGAUAAUAUUCAGUUUGUCAUCCUUCAUAUGUCAUGUGUAUGUCGUGCAACUUGAUAUACUGUUACCACAGAAAAUGGUUAAUAACUUUUUGUUAGAGAUGUUAACCGCUAGAUGGAGACAUACUCAUGUAUACUGGUGCAAUGAAAGUGCAUUGUUUUGUUUGUAAUGUUCUUUAAAAUCUGUAUCUUCAUUGAACCAAAAUGUUGUGACUAAUCCAUACAAAUCUUUUCCACAUUAAAUUUUGAAUUACUGUUAGGAGGAAUAAAGACAAAUGCUGUGUUUA